AUGUCUUUUCCAGGUCCCGAGACAUAUGAGGCAUGUUCGAAGUUCAUUGAGAAGAAAUUUUUCAUGGCUAAUGAAGUACCGAAUAAGUCGAUUUAUUGCCAUCAUACCUGUGCGACAGAUACACAACAAGUGCAGUUCGUAUUGGACAGUGUUUUGGAUACGAUUUUAUCGAGUAAAUUGAAAGGAUGUGGUCUUUAUUAA